UCCCCCAUCCCCCCGCACCCUUCGCCUCAUUCUCCCUCUCGGGGAAGGUCAGAGACCAAACGAAGCCGCCUGCUCACAGAGCCUCGGCCAGCCUCCGGGAGAGGUCCCUGUCCGCUGGUAGCCAGCCCCCGCCCUGGGCACGGCAGCCCCCAAAGAGGUAGAAUGGCUGACAGAUUCUGGCUGGCAGCCAGCACCCUGGCCAUGAUCCUGGGCAUGGCAGUAACUCAGGAGAACGUGUGCCAAGCACCGCCCGGCAAAGAUGGCUACCCUGGAGUACCGGGCCUCAGCGGGAGGCCAGGGCAGAAAGGUGACACAGGCGAGCCAGGGUUACCAGGAAGAAGGUCAGGGAUCCGGGGACCCAAAGGGGAUGAAGGGACACCUGGACCUCCUGGCAUGCCUGGGAACCAGGGCUACAGGGGGCCAAAUGGUCCCCCCGGGCUCCCAGGGCAGCCGGGACAGAAGGGAGCCAAAGGCCAGGCUGGCAAGAUCAAGGAUCAGCCCCGGCCCGCCUUCUCGGCCUCCAGGAAGAAGCCCCCCGCCAGCGGGAACGUCGUGGUCUUUAACAACCUCAUCACCAACCAGGACAACAGCUACAACCCCGAGACGGGCCGGUUCACCUGCAAGGAGCCCGGCGUCUACUACUUCGCCUUCCAGGUGAUCUCCAGCGGGAACCUCUGCCUCAGCCUCGUCCGCAACGAGACAAAGGAGUUGGGCGUCUGCGACAGCAACAGUCGCGGCCUCCUGCAGGUGAACUCGGGGAGCGGCGUGCUCCAGCUGGCCAGGUACGACCAGGUCUGGCUCGAGAGCGACCCCCGCCAAGGCAACAAAGUGUACGACGGCACCGAGGCCGACAGCGUCUUCAGCGGCUUCCUGCUCUUCCCUGAGACUCACCAGGCCCGUGGCGAGGUGGGGAGUGCUGGCGCGGCGUUUAGCGCUGCCCGGCACUGCGGAAAACGCUUGCUCAGAAGAAAUGCCCAGGACAGGGAUGUGAAACUUGGCCAGGGUCCCGGCAAGGGGGCUGGUCUUUCCAAGAGGCCUGUCCUGGCCUCCUUCAGCCACCAACUUCCUCCUGGCUGGUGUCGCAGCCAGAGCUCUGACAAGCCAGCCAGCAGCCCCACUGCAGCAGAGCCCUCCGGAGAGCGCGGGAGCCAGCGCCCGGCCCCAGAGAGGACAAUGAUGGUCAAGAACGUCUGGGAACCAGUGGGCCUGGGCCUAGCCCUUCUCCUCCUGACGCUGGAAACCUCCGUGACAGGCAGUGCUUCCCACAGCUGCUAUGGGACCCCUGGGCUGCCUGGCACGCCUGGCAUGCCUGGCAAGGAUGGCAGAGAUGGGAUGAAAGGAGUCAAAGGCGAACCAGGCAUUCCGGCCAUUCCUGGAACCCGAGGGCCCAAGGGGGAGGAAGGAGACCCCGGCAGCCCUGGCCCGCCAGGAAAAACUGGUCCCAUGGGUCCCCCUGGCACCCGGGGAGAUCCGGGCGACCAAGGCCAGCCUGGAGGGCCCGGCAUGCCUGGUAAUUACAAGCAGAAGCACCAGUCAGCCUUCUCAGUAGCGAGGCGGACCGGGCAGUACCCGGACAAGAACGCCCCUGUGGUGUUCAACCACGCCAUCACCAACCUCAACCAGGACUACAACAUCACCUCGGGCAAGUUCACGUGCCGCGUGCCCGGCCUCUACUACUUCAUCUUCCACACCUCCCAGACUGCCAACCUCUGCGUCAACAUGUACAAGAACCGGCAGAAGGUGGCCAGCUUCUGCGACCACAUGUCCAACAACAAGCAGGUCAGCUCCGGGGGCCUCCUGCUGCGCAUGGACGCCGGGGACCAGCUCUGGCUGGCAGUCAACGAUUACAACGGCAUGGUGGGCAUCGCUGGCUCCGACAGUGUCUUUUCCGGCUUCCUGCUCUUCCCAGACUAGGCAGGCCAGACCAGCUCUGGCACGCGCCGGCUGAUCCCAGCCUCUCUCUGCCCUCUAACAUGCACGCUGGCUCUCUCCCUGCAUCGCAGCACCUCACAGUGGGGCACAAGGGAAUCACACGCCCGGGGCCCUCUGCACAGGGCCUCUGCUUGCAUCAGCUUGGCUAGGGCUGAGGCAGGGCCUGUUGGCUGCAGUCCUGUCCCUGUCGGGACCCCGUGGCCACCCAGACUCCAACCAAAAACUAACCGGGGCCGAGCGGUUUUUCACAUGUGUUUUUGAGACAGAGUCACCAAGUGUAAGGGAGGGGGUUGUCUGGCUGCGUCCCUGCCUGGCGAGAACCACGGUGGCCCCACUGUCCCCGCUCUCCCCAGCCACUCUGCGCUCUCUACACAGUACAGGGUCUAGCUGCUGCAUGCACUAACCCCCGCUGCUUCACGCUGCUCACACCCAGAGGGCCAAAGCCAGCCCUGGGUCUCCCCACUGCCCCCAGCGAGUCGCGCCAGGGACGGGCUCAUCCCAGAAAAUCUGGAAAGGGAACUGGGCCAUGAGCUUCUGUCGAAAACGUCAAUAAAUCCCCACUCUGUGGCA